ACCGGUAGAACCAUAACUUAAAGGAGACGGUGUUAAUGCUAUUUCCUAAAACUAAGCAUCUUGCUUGAGCGAUCUUGGGAGUUUUAUUUUUUACUGAUUGGUUUCAGGUGUAAUCUGAGAAGACCCCUACCCCCCCUUUGUUUUCUGUCUGCUCAUUAUAUUGACAAAACCGGUUCUACGAGCUUUACCUGGGAGUGAUCGUCAGCUGCGAGAAGGAAGGAAGGAAAGAAAGAGAGCGAGAGAGGCUUGUUGCGCACAGUCAGAUAACCUUGCCUGAAGCGGACGGUCGAUAGCUUUAUUUUAUCAACUUAUUUUUUCGCCAGAAACAUGAUGUAUUUUAUUGCCUUACUCGUCCUGGCUACGGUUGCCGCAACAGCAGCGCAAAAUUGCGUAUGCAACACAAUGAAGUGGGCAACCUGUGACAGCACCCCGUGUGAGUGUAAAAUCACGCUAGGUGACCAAGUUAAACAGACGCUGGAGUGCACAAAAUUGAUUCCAAAAUGCUUUCUGAUGAAGGCUGAAAUGUACAGAGCGAAGAAAGGAUUGUCUACUCGUUCAGGGGGGAAACCUACUGACCAUGCCUUUGUGGACAAUGAUGGCAUCUACGAUCCUGACUGCGAGGCCAGUGGUGUCUUCAAAGCCAAGCAGUGCAACAACACUGAUAUUUGUUGGUGCGUCAACAGUGCUGGUGUAAGGAGAACAGAUAAAGGGGGCCAGGACCUGAAAUGUGAGAAACUAGUUGAAACUGUGUGGGUGCAAGCUCAACUCAAGCACAAAGAUGGCGUGAAUCUUGAUCAAGCACAACUAAAAAGUGCCAUGGCGAAUGCCAUUGCAGAACGCUACAGUGUUGAUGCCAAACUUGUGACUGAUGUGACGUACGAUAAGGAUAGCCGCACCAUUUUGGUUGAUCUGAAAAAAGGUACAAGCAAUGUGGACAUUGCCACGGUGGGCUACUACAUGGAGAAAGAUAUCAAGGUUCUGCCGUUGUUUUACAAUGACAGUAAGAAAUUUUCUCCCAGUGUUGACUCGAAAAAUGUGGAAUUUGAGAACAUCCUGGUUUAUUAUGUUGAUGCUGAGCCGCCUACGUUCACCAUGAAGAGACUGACUGCCGGUGUUGUUGCCGUCAUCGUCGUAGUAGUCCUGGCAAUUAUUGCUGGUCUGGUUGUGCUGUUCAUUUCCAAUAAGAGGCAGGCGUCUGCAAUGUACCAGAAACCAGAGCAGACCACGGAGCUGGAUGAGAUGCAGAAGGAGCAGCUGACUUCUUCAUAAUGGAAAAACUAGAAUUGAGAGCUGGAGGAUUUUGUUUUGACCCUGUUUUGUGUGCAGAGGUGUUUGCAUUAAUCACCAUUGUUUAAUUUUGAGUUGUUUGCUUGAAUGUGCUGCCUCAAUCUUUGUACCGGGUAGCAUUUUACCUGUAAUGUUAAACACACAUUGUUAUAAACUACAAAUAUUUAUAUGCAUAAGAUAUUUGCAUUUUCUGGUUUAUGAAAUGUCAAAAGUCAAUUCAUGUUUGUGCAGACAUUAGGUAUGUAGGUUUCAAGUAGGUCAAUGCAAUCAAGCUUUGUAAUAUAAAAAUGUUUCGUAACUAUUAGGUCAGUUUGUAAGUGGAUUUUUUUUUUUGUUUAACUGUACAGUUGGAUAGGAAAGAGGGUAUUGUUCUAUGUGAAUUUUGAUGAUUUUUUAAUUUUUUUUUUUAACAAUAAACUUUUAUAAAAUG